AAACUUGUAAAAUGGCGGAAGGUAGCUUGCCGGAAGAGCAGGGAAAAACAAGACUAGCAGCUGCUCCCUAGAAUGACGCCAGACUGUCAGGAGGAAGCGUAGGCGAGCGGUGUUCAGCAAAACGAGCCCUCCUGCAACCGAUCUAGGCAGAAGCGUUCCGCGCGGGUGGGUGCCAGGAACCUGGAGGAGCCGGGGCGCGUUUCCGGCGGCUGCAGACGGUGCUGAAGCCCAGGUAGCAGGAGGGUUGGACCAUGGCCAACAGCGAGCGCACCUUCAUUGCUAUCAAGCCCGAUGGAGUCCAGCGAGGCCUCAUGGGAGAAAUAAUCAAGCGUUUUGAGCAAAAGGGAUUCCGUCUUGUUGCCAUGAAAUUCAUGCGGGCUUCUGAAGACCUUCUCAAGGAGCACUAUAUUGACCUGAAGGACCGUCCAUUCUUUGCCGGCCUGGUGAAAUACAUGCACUCAGGGCCGGUGGUUGCCAUGGUCUGGGAGGGACUGAACGUUGUGAAGACAGGUCGAGUGAUGCUUGGGGAGACCAACCCUGCAGACUCCAAGCCUGGGACCAUCCGUGGGGACUUUUGCAUCCAAGUUGGCAGGAACAUUAUUCAUGGCAGUGAUUCCGUGGAGAGUGCAGAGAAGGAGAUUGCCUUGUGGUUUCACCCUGAGGAACUGGUAAAUUACAAGAGCUGUGCUCAGAACUGGAUCUACGAGUGACUUGGAAGCAGACCACAGUGCUCAUCCCAUGCUAGUUUCCCUCCCUCCCACAGGCAAGGACCAGGCCAUUGCAAACCUGGUUAUUUCAGAGAACUUGCUUUUCACUUGGAGGGAAACUCUUGGAGCUGUGGGUGCUCCAUGUACAGUGUUACAUGCUAUCAUCAGAUUAAAAUGUUUCAUCUCAAGGAAA